GUGGUGGUGAGCGCGCGCUUGUGGGAAGGUGGUCCUGUCCGAAAAACACCGACCAGAAAACCACUGACGGGGGCAACUUUACAUGUUUAUGUCGCUUAAUAUUAUUUACAUUACUUUGACCUACUCGGAAACCCUUAAACUAGCGAAGGACGCGAUAUAUAAAGACACCUCUGAUCUGGAAGUAGUUUUUGUAGUAAAAAGUUGUGCAAGUCCGAGAUGAAAAUGGAGAGCCCAGCUGAGUGAGAGUGGGGUGAGGAGGCUGGGUUUGGCACAGAGUGGGAGUCCUGCCCUGCUGCUAACAGGCUAGUUAGCACACACAAACUAACUUCUUUCUUAUGGAUAAGUAAAAAGAGCUGCUCUCAGCCUCUCUCCAGACUGGUGUUCUCCAGAGGCCUCUUUCAUCUGCGGCUGCUGACUCUGCACCAUUUCCCUGUGGAUGGAGCUUUGUUGAUCUGAUAUUUUGGGAAGUCAUAAAACUCAAGGAUAAUUUAAAAUUUUAAAGGCAGCCUUACUCACUCAUAUUUCAAAUGUGCUGGAUGCCUCGGGCACUCUGCCUGGUUUCUGACACUAAUCAAUGCCUUUUUUGUGCAUGUCUAUGAACCUCCUAGUUCUAAUAUUUGCAAGCUGUCCCAAGUCUCAACUAUAUAGUCACUUGCGUUCCUUGUGUAACAAAUGAUACAUUUCUGAAUGCUUGCAUAAAGCGUAGCCCACGAGUUUGUAACAUUUGAGAGCUCACGCUAGCUAGAUUAUUAUUUCUAUGUCCCUUAUAUGGACUGUGAGCACAGCUUUGGAGGCGCAUGAUUGUGUAGGAUCAGCAGUUGAGGUGAUGAGGCAGGACUCCUGGAGCCCAGUGUGGCUGCACCGGCUGCGGCCCAACAUGAUGUGAUGUGAUGGGGUGCAGGAACAGUAAGGUCCUCCCUGAGCCUCCAGGGGAUGUUCAGUUGGACCUGGUCAAAAAGGUUGACCCUCUUCAGCCCCCACAGACAGAUAUCUAUAAGCACUUUAUACGAGGAGAUGAGAAGACUGCAGCUGCCAGUGGAGGGGAUAAGAUGGGUGCAGCCUCACCCCUCCAGGCCCAGGGUGCUGGUCCUACGGCCUCAGCUCAGGCUCCUAAAGAGCCCACCGAGCUGUCCGACCCACAGCGCAAGAAGGUUGCCAAGUACCGAGCCAAGUUUGACCCACGAGUCACAGCCAAGUAUGACAUCAAGGCUUUGAUAGGACGAGGAAGUUUUAGCCGUGUUGUUCGAGUAGAACAUAAAAGUACACGGCAGCCUUAUGCCAUAAAGAUUAUAGAGACCAGAUACCGGGAGGGAAGGGAGGUCUGUGAGUCGGAGCUGUGUGUUCUGCGGCGUGUUCGUCAUACGAACAUAAUACAGCUGAUGGAGGUGUUUGAGACCGCAGAGCGUGUGUACAUGGUGAUGGAGCUGGCCACUGGAGGAGAGCUGUUUGACCGUAUUAUUGCCAGAGGAUCUUUCACUGAACGGGACGCCACCCGGGUCCUACAGAUGGUUCUAGAUGGUGUCAAAUACUUGCACACUUUGGGAAUCACUCACAGAGACCUGAAACCAGAGAACCUCCUCUACUACCACCCAGGGGCCGACUCCAAAAUCAUCAUCACUGACUUUGGUUUGGCCAACAGCCGCAAGAAAGGGGAUGAGUGUCUGAUGAAGACAACGUGUGGUACACCGGAAUACAUCGCCCCGGAGAUCCUAGUGAGGAAGCCUUAUACCAACGCUGUGGACAUGUGGGCACUGGGGGUCAUAUCCUACAUCCUGCUGAGUGGAACCAUGCCGUUUGAGGAUGACAAUCGCAUGAGGCUCUAUAGGCAGAUCCUAAAAGGGAAAUACAGCUUCACAGGAGAGCCCUGGCCCAGUGUAUCAAACCUGGCCAAAGACUUUGUGGAGCGGAUUCUGACUGUUGACCCAGCCCAGCGCCUCACAGCGGGACAGGCACUGAAACACCCGUGGAUCGUUAGCAUGGCCGCCUCUUCGUCCAUGAAGAACCUGCAGCGCUGUAUCUCACAGAACCUGCUGAAGCGAGCCUCUUCUCGCUGCCACAGCACUAAGUCCUCCCACUCCACCCGCUCCAGCCGCUCCACCAAAUCCAACAAAGCCCGCCGCAUGAGAGAGAAGGAGCUCCGUGAGCUCAACCGCCGCUACCAGCAGCAGUACAACGGCUAGUACUGCAGAUACACCUGUACACGUGACCACUGAAUCAACUAUGUACAGUACAAACUGUGACUGUAAGUGUAUAAAGACUCAUCUCAUCCUCUGGUCCAUGCCCCUUUAAAGGGAUGGUAACUCUUUGUCCUUUCAUUUCUGUCUGUACAUAUUUAUUUAUUAUUGCUGAAGUGAUGAUUAGUCUUCAUUCAAACGGUCACUGGAUAAUGACCUUCACAAGGAUCUGUUGAACAGAGUUCUGGUUAGUGACAUUUCCACAGUUAAGGGAAUAAACCCUUGCUCCUCUACCAUUCCUAAGGAAAGUGCUGUGAAUUGUUUAUUGUUUAAAUGUAGUCAGAUUGCAACCUGCCCUGAAGAUUAAAAUAUCUGUUCUAACUAACAAUAGCUAAUGUAGUAUUCAACACAUGUGGUAUCUGGAUCUGUAUUUCUUUUUAAUGAUAAACUACAUUUUUGUUUAUGAAGUGGUCCAUGCCAUACUUGUGAGAUAUCAGUAUUUUGUAAUAUAGUUGUGUGUACUGUAAGAGUAGCACAACUUACAUUGGAAGUGAUUGAGUUUUGUGAUUCUUCACAUUGAUGGAUUGAGGAUAGUCACACUAGGCUGUAGUUUUAAUAGAAUGUGUCCAACAUAAUAUCAAUACCAGUAACAAUAUCAAUGCUUAAUAGUGAACUGUCUAAUGGAACCAAAGAAAAAAGUAAAGCAAAAUGCAGUAAAAGUAGCACUUAAAAAGUCAUAAUAAGUUCAUUAAGCUUUAAUUGGAAGAGUAUUCAAUAUUGAGAUAUUAUGACUUGUUACAAUUACAUACAUAAAGGACAAGCAAAUAGUCCAGUUUUAUAAGCCUGUCAGAGCAACUAUGGACCUGAGACAGGAACCAAGUUAGACAAUGGCCAGUUUGUCUGGCCACCUGCAACCCUUAAAAGAAAUAAAGAAACAGUACAUUUAAAAAUGCAUGAUUACAGAUAUGUAUUCAAACAUUAUUGCAAUUUCUGUUCUACUUCUACUUGUCCUAUCUACUGUAGAUCUAGGGCUGCACCACAUGACUGAAAGAGAACACAUAAUACAGAUGUUUUUCAUCUGAGAAAGCACUUCAUUAUAUUGAACGUUUUGAUGCCAUUGUGUAAUUUUCUUUGUUAUUCUGUGUAAGUCCUUUUGGAUGUCUUUUAGUUUAUAACUUGUUCUUUCUCAGACUAUAUGUGUUACUGAAACCAACCGAGCCAUGACAGCUGACCUCUCAACACAUUGUACUUGUGUCGGUAGAACUGUACUGCUUCUAGACGGGUGGUGUUUCACAUUUCUCAAAAUCAAAUUUGCCAAAAAAGAUGUCCACCUUUGUAAUGCAAUCUCCAUAAUUUCCUAAUUAAGUCUAUUUAAAAUGUUUUACUAAAAUGCAAUGAAAAACAUUUUUUUUUGUUUUUUUCCCACACUGUAACUGUAAGGCCAUACUUAACUAUUCUAAAAAACUGAUUUGAUCAUAUGCCCUGCCAAGUAAAUAUUACAAGCAAUAUCAAAUCAGCUGUGGAGCACAAUUUUGUUUUUGGUUUAUGUUAACUAUUUUGUUUUUGUAUGUUAUUUUUAUAUGAAUGAAGUCAUUUGAAAUGAAGUAGCAAACUUACCUGAAACUGUGUUUUUUCUGUCUGUCUAAAUAAAUUGUAACAUUCAAUUAUUUC